CCACGUGCACCUUAUCCCCCUCUUCUUCCUGGCCACUCCAUUCGAAUCCUCCGCGCUCAAGGAGCGUCUCUAAUGGCGCUCCCUCCUCCCUUGCUCCCGCGCUCGUCCUGUAUCUCCAGAAGCGUCACCCACGCCACCCCACACAAAUCAGUGAAAACCAUACCAGAUGCCCGCACCUCCUCCUCCGCCACGGCGGAGCACUCGCUGCUUCGCGCCCAUGCGCGCGCCGGUCGAAUGCAGCCCGCGCGACAGGUGUUCGAGGCAAUGCUGCCGCUGGACAGGUCCCUUGUCGCUUGGACCGCCAUAAUGUCCGGGUACGCCACUCAUGGUCCCGCGUCCGAGGCGCUUGUACUGCUCCUCCGCAUGAUGGAGUUGUCGCUGAGGCCUGACGGGUUCGUCUUCUCAGUCGUGCUACGCGCCUGUGCGGCAGUUGGGAGCCUCAGAUUUGGAAGGCAGAUCCACUGUGCCGCUGCCAAGAUGGGCUACGUAGGGUCUGACCUCUUUGUAGCGAACGGCCUCCUUACCAUGUAUGCCAGCUGCCAGUCACUGGGUUGCGCCGAGAAGGUGUUCGAUGGCAUUGCCGUGCCUGAUUUGGUUUCUUGGACCUCCAUGCUCAGCGGCUACACUGAGAAUGGCUGCCACACGGAGGCGCUAAUGUUGUUCUUGGAAAUGGCCCAUGCCAGUAUUGGAUGUGACGCGUUCAGUCUAUCGGUUGCACUCAGGGCAGCUUCUAGUUUGGCCAAUCGAAGUUUGGGACAUCAGCUGCAUUGCUGCAUCAUCAAGUCAGGGUUUUCAAAAAGUGGGUUCUUGGAGAAUUGUCUGAUCCAGUUCUAUGGGAGGUCAAUGGAACUGCAGCUGAUGCAGAAAGUGUUUGAUGGUAUGGAUAACAAGGAUUUGGUUUCUUCCAAUACCAUCAUCCAGUGCUAUGCGGAUAACAUGUGUGAUGAGCAGGCUUUGUCUCACUUCCGGGCAAUGAUGUUUGAAGGCACCGAAUGCGAUGAGUUUACGUUGGGCAGCAUUUUGCAUGUUGUUACAAGAAUAGGUGCUAUUCAUCAUGGCAUGGAAAUACAUGGCUACCUCAUCAGGGCUGGUCUGGACUCAGAUGAGCAUGUUAUGAGUGCCCUCAUGGAUAUGUAUGUCAACUCGGCCACUCUUCAUAAGAUACAAUGUAUGAUACCUUUGAGAAUGCUAAGAUACUAUUUGCUGGUUCAGGGAAAGCUGGAUCAGUUCAUUUUGGCCAGUAGUUUGAGGUUAUGUGCUUCUGAUCUUGAUUUAGCAGCAGGAAAGAUGUUACACGCCUACAUUUUGAAGUUUAACAUGAAUGCAGACCCCUUUGUCACUAGUUCACUGGUCGGCAUGUAUGCUAAAUGUGGUUCACUGGAGGAAUCACAUCUUCUCUUCUCAACAACCAGGAAUCCAGGUACAGCUGCAUGGUCUGCAGUAAUCUCAGGCAACUGUUUGAAUGGUCAGUUUGAAAGAGCAAUGCAUUUGUUUAGGAGGAUGCAGUUGGAGCAUGUGCAAGCUAACGAAUUCACUUAUACCUCUGUACUGACAGCAUGUGUUGCUUUGGGGGAUGUCUCAGGUGCCAUGGAGAUCCAUGGAAACUCCAUCAGAAAUGGUUAUGGAACCAAUGCUUCUGUUGUGCAAACUCUAAUAAGAUUUUACUUAAGACAAGGGCAGUUCCAACAUGCUCUUAAUUUGUGCUUAUCACUCUCAAACCAUGAGAUCUCUUGGGGUGCACUGGUUAAAGAAUUUGCUCAAGAUGAUGAUCAUAUUGGAGUACUUAAUCUUUUCCGUGUUAUCCAACGUUCUGGCGGGGUUCUUGACUACCCGACUGCAUUGGACAUCUUGAAUUCUUGUGGAAAACUAGAACUCCUUAGUGAAGGGCUUCAAGCACACGCCUAUCUUACAAAGCGUGGUCUUGCUUCUAAACCAUGCAUCAGUAAUCACCUUGUUGACAUGUACUCCAAUUGUGGUAGCCUCAAACAUGCAUUGGAUGCCUUCAGAUAUAUAUCUGACAAGAAUGCAUCUUCUUGGACCUCAGUAAUCAUAGCUCAUUUAGAAAAUGACAGCCCAGAGGCAGCCAUUGACCUGUUUGUGCAGAUGUUAAGAAGAGAGAAAAUACCAACUUCGCUUGCAUUCUUAUCUGUGCUGAAGGCCUGUGCAGAAAUUGGCCUUGUAACUGAAGCCUUCCAGUUCUUUGUGUCCAUGACUGAGGUUUAUAAAAUAAAACCUUCAAAAGGUCAUUACUCCCAUAUGAUUGAGGUUUUGGGUCAUGCUGGAAUGUUCAAGGAGGCAGAGCAUUUCAUUGAUAGCGUAGUCCCUUCAGACUCUAGUGCUUCAGCCUGGAGUUUACUUUGUUCUGCUGCCAAACGAAAUGGAAACACCAAAGUAGUGAAGCUUGCAAUGGACAAACUAGCAUGUCUUGUUCCGUACGAUUGUUGAGAAAAAGGUUCACUCGGAAAUGUCAUAUGCAUCACCGACUAGUUACUCUGGCAUCACCAAUACAAUGAGCGAGUAUACAUGUUGCCCUUCCUAGAAGCCUAAUAUAUUCAGAUGGGAAUAUGCUUUAACUUGUCAGCUUGUAGGUUGCUUAUAGUCGAUGGUGGACAUUACAAAUUAUAACUGUAAACUGAUUAUAUGUGAAUGUUUUGUAGUUUGCACGAUGUACAUAGCUUCUCUUUUAUAAUAAUAUCCAAUUCCAAGGCAA